AUUUACUAUAGCAUUAGACAGAAGUAAAAAAAGGCUCUUUUAGGAGUACAGUUUGCAAUAAAAAUGCAAUAAACACUAUUACAGUCAAGAUUGAUGAGGAGUUAAAUAAAACCAUUUUAAAUAACAGCUGUCACACUUAAUUGUACUUAUUUAAGCCAUUUACGUUCUUAAAUUACAAGUCCUUCAUUUAAUAUUAUUUAUUUUUUAAAUAAAAUAAUGUCGUGUCUAUGUUUAAAAUCUAAAAGAAGCAGGGGCAGAUAGUGCUCGGAACGUUUUUUCAUGUAACUAUAACUCAACCAAAUCUAAAAUGUUACCUUGUCCCUUCCUAAAUUGCGGCAGCACGUGUUUUUUAAUUUUGUUGGUUUAUAAUGUCAUCUAUCUGCGACUGUCAAUUUGACAUAUUGUUAUUCACUUGUGGAUACUUGUGAAUGCUACGCCUUGUUUCGUUGUUAUUGUUGAGUUUUCGUGGUUUAGUUGUUAUUUGUUACUGUUUUUCUGUUUGUUAUUGUUACUAUAUUAGUGUUACGUAAUUUUGUGUUGUUCAUACAAAGCAGUACAUUUUGUUGAACUAUGAACACGGACGAUCUCGGUGCAGGCCCGAGUGGCUUGCAAGCGCAACAUGUACGUACUGAAACUGCUAGUGACGCUGAGCAACGUCAACAGCCAAAACGACGUGGCCCCAAAAUUGAACACGACGUUAAAAUAUUGUCUCCCAAGAAAAAGCGAUCAAAGCAAACACCUCUUCAUUCUGCAGAAAAAACAACAGUUUUAAAUAUUUAUAAAGACAUCAAGGGGUCCCAGUCAGAAAGUACUCCUGCUUAUAUGACGCAGUUAGUUAAUAAAACUGCAGAAAUUGCAGGCAUAUCUCGUGCAACAGUGUAUAAUAUCCUCAAAGAGUACAAUACAGAAGGUCGCCUGCAAUCACCUCCUCCUCGCCAACGGAAAUAUUCAAAAUCGGAUGAAUAUGAUGAUAUAAUAUUAAGUGGAAUACGAAGGAAAAUUCAUUCUUUUUUCUUUGAUAAUGAAUUACCAACAUUGGAUAAGAUUCUGGAAGCCGUGAAUAGUGAUGAGUCUCUACCCGAUUUUAAAAGAAGCACUUUAUAUAAUUUAAUUAAAAACAAAUUAAAAUUUACAUAUAUUAAAAGAAGUAGAAGAAGUGCCCUAAUUGACAGACAGGAGAUUGUAUUAUGGAGGGUGAAAUAUCUCCAUGAAAUUAAGAGACUAAGGAAUGAAGGAAAAAAAAUAUAUUAUUUAGAUGAGACUUGGCUAAAUGAAGGACACACAAAAAGCAAAGUAUGGCAAGACAGUACUGUUAAGUCUUCAAAGGAAGCACACCGAGCAGGCUUAUCAACUGGUUUAAAGAACCCAACUGGAAAAGGAAAACGGCUUAUCAUUGGCCAUAUUGGAUCAACAGAUGGGUUUUUAAUGAAUGGUGAAUUAAUAUUUGAAGCCAAAAAGGGAGAUGGAGACUACCAUUCUGAAAUGGAUGCACACAAUUUUGAAAAGUGGUUCAGUUUAAUAUUAUCCAAAAUCGAGAGUGGUUCAGUUAUUGUUAUGGAUAAUGCGCCUUAUCAUUCAAGAAAAGUGGAGAAGCUGCCAACUACAGCCACACGAAAGGCAGAUAUUCAGGAAUGGCUGAAAAACAAAAAUAUUCCUUUUGAGGAAAAAGACCUUAGGGCCACUUUAUUAGAGAAAGUGAAACAUGUAAAACAUAUGUACCAAAAGUUUGUUGUAGAUGACAUGGCUAAAGAAAAGAACGUAUUAGUGUUGCGCCUUCCACCUUACCACUGCGAGCUCAACCCAAUCGAACUAAUAUGGGCUCAAAUGAAGGGAUAUGUAGCACAAAACAAUAAAAGUUUUAAAUUAAAGGAAGUGCAGCAGUUGCUCCCUCAAGCACUCGCAAAUAUAACUGCAGAAAAAUGGCAAUCUUGCAUUGCCCAUACAAUUAAGGAAGAGGAAAGAUUUUGCCAACUUGAUGGUAUAAUGGAUGAAGUUGUAGAAAGGUUUAUUAUUAACGUUGGUGAAUCUUCAUCAUCAUCGGAGGAUGAUGAAUAAAGAGUUCAUAUUUAUAUCUAUCACAUCGAUUAUAUCAUUAGGGUGGCAAAACCUUUUCUCUUAUUUAAUACCUUGCAAUAAAUCUCACACUUUUGUCUUUGGAAAAUGUUAUAAUAGUUGGUAUUUAACUUGCUAAACGAUUAUAGAUAAAAUUAUUACUUUUGUUACCGCCUAUGUCAGCAUACAUAAAUUAACUGAUGGUAGCAGUGACUAAAUUGUUAAGUAUGUUUUGUGUCUUAUUUUCUUGGUUUGUUUUAAUCAUAAUAGGUAUGGAUUAUGAUGAAGUUGUUUUUAAUAAACUAAUUGCAACAAUUUUUUUUUAUUUCAUGUGUCUAUCCAAGCAUCGUAACGAGUAGAUAGAUAGAUAGAAUGCACUUUGCCGUACAUAGAAGUCAUACACUGGCACUAAAAUCACACAUUAUCUGUUAAAAUUGUUCGAAAUUGACUUCAAAAUAAAAGGUUUCGUACUCCUGCUUCUGCGAGCCUCUUUUUUCUAAUGUUAUAAUAAAUGGACUAUAGAUAUCGUGUUACGAGUACAUACCUGGUAACACUAGCGGUUAAUGCGGCUGUCCAAAAUUAUUGGAAAGUGACCUGAAACAACACAGAACUAAUUAAAAUCAUUAAAUUGAUCUCACUGGAUUAAUUAAAGAAAACUGUUAAUUUGAAUAUAAUAAUUCGCACAGCCAUUAAUCAAAUACGCAAACGUAUAAAAAAGAUAUAUUUUGUUAAUGUCUAUUAAGUGUUCUAUAUUUAAACUGUCGUGGCUAUUAACCAUCACGCAACGAUUUGAAUUUGUUUUUCGAAUUAUGUCUUUGUUUAGUACAGUUUAUUUCUACAGAUAAAACAAAAAAGGUCCAAUGUAAAUAAAUAAACACAUUACAUAAAAUUAUUAUAGAGGGAAUUCACGUGACCCAAAUAAACUUACAGCGUAUUACCGUUCAUGAAUUUGUUAUUACGUUCGAACGUUAUGUAGUAGGUAUAUAGGCAUGAAAUAGGCACCUAUAUAAUACAGGUAUAGAACAAAUAGCCAGCAUUGUCAUUAGAUUGUUUAUCUAAUCUAUUAUGUAAAUUCGUCACAGUGUAUGUUAUUAAAAAUGUAUUUGUUAUUAUAAAUUCACCCAUAUCUCGGGCAUUAUACUUUUAACUAAU